AUGUUGGUUGAAUUGAUAUGGCAUCAAGAAGAGUCACCAAUUAAUGGAGUACCAAGACCUCUAUUAUCAUCUACAUGGUGUCAAGCAUUACUGGGGCAGAAAUGUCGAGAUCUACUUGGUUCAGUUACAGCACAUGCAUUCCUCAAGUCUCUAAAGUUUAUUUAUUGUAACUCUGCUACAAAUAUGAUGAUCAUAAGAUGUAACUUUGAAUGGCAUAGGGAUUUCUGGACUGUAUUGUCAAUGAUCACAACGUAUUGUGGCUUUGAUAUAUACUUUAGAGUGCUACAUGUGGCUGGCUCAAUCAAGUCUAUACAUAAGGCAAGCAUUCGUCUGUUGGACAAACCUAUCAUUAUGCCAAUGUUCAAUGCUGUGCAGGCUCAAGCUGAACAACUUGGAAUGACAAUCGACAAUGACAACACUGUUGUCUCAACAUCAAAUGUGAAUGUCGAGUCUGGAUUAGAGGUCAACAUAUCGAAUUCAGAUGUUGAAGACAAUGAUGGUGAUGAUGAUGAUGAUGAUGUGAAGAUGGAUGAUGAGCCAAAACGACAAACAAAGAAGGGGCAACAGUUGCCAACAGGUGGACAAAGCAAAAAGUCAGCGAAACAGAAGCAGCCUGCGAAGAAGUAG